CGUGCUCUGUCUGGCUCGGAGGGAGAAGGAAUAAGCCGCGACACACGCGCGCCAAAGCAACCCAGACAGUGGUCCGAGGACGGGACUGAGCGCGGGACUGUGCGCGAGACCUAGGCCGGCCACGUAGCUAUGCGGGCAGAGGUUGUGGGAAUGUGCAAACAUGUAAAUUAUGUUAAUGAACUAUGAAAAAGCAAAAACACCGCUACGCAUUGGAAAACAAUAACACCAGCACGAAAACAGUGAACAGAAUUGGACAUAGGUAGCUAGGUAAGCUAAAUACCAACAGCAGCUAGCAAGCUAGGUAUAUAAUAUUUGCACUCUCAAAACCUUGCAACACUCGUUGCACGAGAUGAGGAAGAGGGCGCUCUCGUCAAGGGUCGCCAUCGCCGCGGGCUGCUCCUGCAGGACGGACCGUUUCCCGCGCCUCCCGCCAGUUAUGGAGCUGCGCGGCUCGGAUCUGUGAGAGAGAGCCACGCGACACGCUGCUCUGUAUCGCUGCUGCUGAACGAGACCCACUACAGCUCUCUCUCUCUCUCUGUCUGUCUCUGUCUCUCUCUCUGUCUCUGUCUCUGUCUCUCCCCCUCUCUCUCUCUCUGUCUCUCCCCCUCUCCCCCUCUCUCUCCCCCUGUCUCCCUCUCUCUCCCCCUCUCCCUCUUUCGCUCUCGCAGACUGUGUGCGUGCAGCAGGGGGAGAUGAGCAGGUAGAGCUCUGUCCAUCCCUCCCGUUCGUGCUGCACGUGCGUUCUUUAGUGAGACUGUUCAUUUCGCACAGUUCUUCUCCCCCGGGGACACAUGGAAGCUCACUCGGGAUCAGAGUAGCCCUUUCCCUUUUUGGCCCCCUUUCUUUUUUUGGGGGAGGGGUGGGGGGGUUUGGGGAGACCCCCGCCCCUCCGGGCGACACUUAGGGGAGGGGUAGUUCAGGUCUCUUUCUCGCUUUCUCUCUCUCUCUCUCUCUCUCUCUCUCUCUCUCUCUGCCCCUGAUGAAGUCCUGCCAGAGCCUGAAAGAGGAGGUUUCGUUGCCCCCCGGUUCGGGCGGGAUGCCCCAGGAGGAGGGGCGCAGGGCGGUGGGGCCCCAGGGGUACUACCACCCCCCUGCCGCAGAACUGGAGCUCUCCAGCAGGCUGUACAAGCGGGAGGGCGGGGGGCAGCCCUACUCGGUUCUGGUGGAGGGCAAGAUGGGCGAUCCGGGCCCCGGCCAGGGAGCCCCCGCCCAGCAGGGCAGCCAGCCGCAGUACUACAGGGAGGGGGGCGCCUCUGCGCCCGAGGGCGGCGUUCGGGCCCCCCCCGGACCCCUGCCCGGAGCCCGGGACACCUCCGAGGACACGGGGGACUCCGAGGAGGAGGAGGACGACGACGAGGACGAGGAGGAGGAAGAAGAGGAGGACGAGGAGGAGGCGUUCAAGAGGGAGCAGAUCAUCGUGGAGGUGAAUCUGAACAACCAGACGCUCAACGUCUCCAAGGGCGAGAACAAGCCCCCCGCCUCCUCCGACCCCACGGCCCGGGUCAAGUCCGGCAGCGAGGAGGAAGAGGAGGACGAGGAGGAGGCGGAGGAGGAAGAUGAACGGGAGACUCCUGAGGAAGAUCAGGAGGAGGAAGAAGAGGAGGAGGAGGAGGAGGAAGAGGAGGAACCGGAGGAGGAGGAGGAGAGCAGGAGAACACGGGCUAAGAGGUCCCGGAGAGGCGGCCCCGUCCCAAACCGGCCUCGGCGGAAGGUCCGUCGGGUCGCCGCGGCGAGCGCCAGCACGUCGCUGCCCGGUGUCACCACCAGGGGGCGGCAGAAGAUGGCGGAGCCCGGUGGGAGGAGGCACAGGGCGGGCCGAGAGCCCAGGGCGGGCGCGUCCCGCUCGAGCGGCGCCGCGGCGUCGGCGGCCGGGGCCACGCCCCCUGGCACGCCCGCGGGGAAGGCCGGCGGCGAGGAGCGGGAGACGCUGGCGUGCGAGAAGUGCCCGCGCGUCUUCAACACACGCUGGUACCUGGAGAAGCACAUGAACGUCACGCACCGCCGCAUGCAGAUCUGCGACAAGUGCGGCAAGAAGUUCGUCCUGGAGAGCGAGCUGGCGCUGCACCAGCAGACCGACUGCGAGAAGACGGUACAGUGCGUCUCCUGCAGUAAGUCCUUUAAGAAGCUGUGGUCGCUGCACGAGCACAUUAAGAUUGUGCACGGCUAUGCAGAGAAGAAGUUUGCCUGCGAGAUCUGUGAGAAGAAGUUCUACACCAUGGCGCACGUCCGCAAGCACAUGGUUGCCCACACUAAGGACAUGCUGUUUACCUCUCUCUCUCCCUCUCUCCAUAUGGGUGGAGGUUCGGGCGUGGCGCCUCCUCUGUCAUCGAGGCGAAGCGAGUGUAGCUACGCCCUACAGCUCCCUGUGGAGAAGGCCCAUGGGUCUCUGCCCCACCUGGAGGUCCAGCUCCCUGUGGAGAAGGCCCAUGAGUCUCUGCCCCACCUGGAGGUCCAGCUCCCUGUGGAGAAGGCCCAUGGGUCUCUGCCCCACCUGGAGGUCCAGCUCCCUGUGGAGAAGGCCCAUGGGUCCAGCUCCCUGUGGAGAAGGCCCAUGGGUCUCUGCCCUGCCCUGGAGGUCCAGCUCCCUGUGGAGAAGGCCCAUGGGUCUCUGCCCCACCUGGAGGUCCAGCUCCCUGUGGAGAAGGCCCAUGGGUCUCUGCCCCACCUGGAGGUCCAGCUCCCUGUGGAGAAGGCCCAUGGGUCUCUGCCCCACCUGGAGGUCCAGCUCCCUGUGGAGAAGGCCCAUGGGUCUCUGCCCUGCCCUGGAGGAGCGUCUUGUGUCCCCUCUCUGCAGAACUGUGAUGAGAGGUUCCAAUACAAGUACCAGCUGCGCUCCCACAUGAGCAUCCACAUCGGACACAAGCAGUUCAUGUGCCAGUGGUGUGGCAAGGACUUCAACAUGAAGCAGUACUUCGAUGAGCACAUGAAGACGCACACAGGAGAGAAGCCGUUCAUCUGUGAGAUCUGUGGGAAGAGCUUCACCAGCCGGCCCAACAUGAAGAGGCACCGGCGCACGCACACGGGCGAGAAGCCGUACCCCUGCGAGGUGUGCGGCCAGCGCUUUCGCUUCUCCAACAUGCUCAAGGCGCACCGGGAGAAAUGCUUCCGGGUCACCAGCCCCGUCGACCUGCAGCCGGCCGGCCUGCCGCUGCCCCUGCACCUCCCCGCCCCCUCCUCCUCCUCGUCCUCCGGCCCCGCCCCCGCCGCGUCCUCCGCCCCCUCGCCGACCAGCCCCGCCCCGUCAGCACACCUGGGCCUCAGCCCCCCCGGCGGGCCCCUCCCUCCGCCCCGGGUAGGGGGGCACGGCUUCUCCCACCUGCACCUGCACUCGCACCCCGCCCACCACCACCACCACCACCACGGCCAUGCUCCCCAUGGCCCCGCCCCCCACCACAUGGCCACGCCCCCGGUCUCGCACCUGCCGCCGCCUCCCGCCCUGUUCAAGAGCGAGCCCCUCAACCACCGCGGCCAGGAGGACAGCUACCUGCGCCACAUGGGGCCCCCAGACAAGAGCGCGGGCGCCCCCCAGCACCACUGAGCCCCCAGUGGAGAAAUAUACCCCAACAUAUACUUAGAGAUAUAUCACCAUUAUCAUGUGCAUCUUUCCUUUCCUCCCCUGCUGGACUGCCGUUCUCACAGUGUUAACUGACAUUACAGAAAUGUGGAGGAAAAAGCCUGUGUGUGCGUGUGCGUGCGUGCGUGCGUGCGUUUGUGUGUGUGUGUGUGUGUGUGUGUGCGUGGACACGUUAGGAGAAGUUACUAGCACCCGUCAUAGACGUGAGGCUGCGCUAACUGUGCUAAGCUUUGACCUCCUUUUAUUUCCCGAGCAGACGAGGAGCCCGCUCAGGUCCUGUGUGUUACAGACACAUGAUGGGGGCUUGUCCCGAAUCCUGCCGUCUUUCUUUCCAUAAGCCCCUCUGGUUCUUCACUGUGUGUGUGCUUGUGUGUGUGUUUGUACACAGUUAGCAUUCUAUUGGUGUCAGAACUCUUCUGCCACAAACUAUGGCGAGUCGGUAUGUGUGUGUUUGUGUGCCAGGUCAUGGUAGCCAUGCGGUUCACUUUGUACGUUAGCCUUCCAGCUCCUCACCAAUAGCCUACCAGGAUGUUUUGCACUUUAACCAGCUCCCAAGGCAUUCUCCCUUUCAGUAGUACAGAUUUCCCAUCUUCAACACCACAUCACAGCAGUGCAUUGGAACACUAACACAGUGUGGAAGACUGUUCUCCUGGCCAAUUUUAGGAUAGUUUUGUGCAGUGACAGAAUCGUCAGAAUCACCCCGACGAAGGCUGGCAUCACCACCACAAGGAGGUGGGGGUAGUUCAGAGCAGUUUACUCCAGCACAGGAAACGGUAUCACGACAGAUGUCACUGUCUCAAAAGAUGCUUAUAUGAAUUGGUUAAUGGAAAUUUGCGUUACUGUAAUGUGUAGCCUUACUUCACAUUUACAUAUUAUUUUGAAUAUUAUUCCCCACUUGAGAAUAAGACGGAAGCAUUACUUUUUUUGGAUUAACUUCACACGACCUUAGACGGUGGUCGGGAAGAAGGACUUCCUGUGUCAUGUCCUCAUAUAACUGGUAGAGGCGAGAUCUGGUCAAAGUGAGCAAAAACAAGAUCUUUUACCAUGGUUCUGUUACCUGAGGCCAUUACAGUAAUGAUCUCUUCAGGGUGGUGGUGCUGCCGUGGUUGCAGAUUAACGAGGUUGUUAUAGAAUCCUGGUUUGAGUAUUCCUGUGGAGCUCAGACAGGGCCGUUGCGCUUGAUGACGUUGUGCUGUUCGUCCUUUAUUUCCACAUCGGACCCUCAGCCUUUGACUGCUGCUUUCCCUGGCCCGGCACAGGCUGGGUCUGCUAAAUUCUGUGCGUUGAUGCUGCUGAGGUUUGCGCUAAGCUGUAACUAGGACCGACAGAACUGGAUUCUGAACAUGCUGCAAUACGGGAUUAACGGAGAGAGGCAGUCGUGACCACUGGCCUGUAUCUGGGUUAUGAGACACACACACACACACACACCGCCCUCAGCCACUCAUAUCCUCAGAACUUUAUAAUGUCACAAAUCCAAUGGUAAUGGGCUCUUCCACUGCUAGCUGUGUAGCAACUUUUGUCACUGUUGCCAGGAGCAAGGUGGGAAACUUGUGCAGGCACACACACACACACACACACACAUACACACACCAAGCUAAUGGAACAUGGUUUCUAUUAUAAAGAUGUUCCGCUGUAGCAGAGAGGGGGCCAGGGUCCUUAAUUUUGCCCUUUCACAGCAGUAACCAAUCAAAUGACUCACCCGUUUCUGUCACUGUCCUCAUUUGACCCGCCCAGGGUUUGCUUUUGACACACAGCUGCUGCUGACCCCACGUAGAUACGUCACUCACUCAAGCAUACUUUACAUAUGGAAGUUCUCUGAGGUCCACACAUACACACAUAUACACACACACCGCUCUCUCUUUCACACACACACACACACACACCGCUCUCUCACACACACACACACACACACACCACUCUCACUCUCACACACACACACACACACACCGCUCUCUCUUUCACACACACACAUACACACACACCACUCUCUCUUUCACACACACACACACACACACACACACCACUCUCACUCUCACUCACACACACACACACACACACACACCACUCUCAUUCUCUCUCACACAUGCACACCAAAAUUAGUGCAUCCAUUUUGUUGCUAAAUGAGACCUAAAGCAUCGAGUGACUGUGGGUAAUUAAGUGUGUCUUAUUUGUCAAAGUAAUGCAGUAGGAAACUGUCAGACCUGAGAAAGGUCUGGUGGAGCUCACAGAGCCUUGGGGUGAGACAGUAGGGGACAGGAAAUGCGGUCAUUUGGUAUAUAUUUGGUAUAUACUGUAUCUAACACACUCAUAUUUUUACUUUUGUAUGUAUUGACACAUUUAUUAGCGCUUUUUAAAAAAUGAAAUGUAAUUCGUUAGGUCUGUUUGCAAGGGUUCCUUUGUUGUGUAACAGUUAAGGAAAAACAUAUUGCUGUCAUUUCAGUUGUGUUCAUUCUGGUGUUGGAAUGUGAUUGAAGUGGGUGAAGAGUUCGUUGGAACUGUGGUGGUGGAGUUUGGGGAUGGGCAGCACACACCCGGCUCUGUGCCUUUCUCCCACAUGACUGUUUCCGGAACUUUCUGGAGUGGUUAAAGUGCGUGCGUGCGAGUGCUUUGUGUGUGCAGGAACAGGCCCGGAGAGUUCUGUAGAAGUUAACAGCGGGUCCUCAGCCCUUCUGGCACUUUUCCCGCCAAAAUAUCCGUUGAACAAUUGGCGUGCCCUUUGUCUGUUGCUCAGUACUCCUGGCUCCUUGGGUCUGUCUAUCAUAGAAAGGGCUCCAGGUGUCAGGGUGAGGUUGUGCGCUUGGGUGAAUGUUGGAGUAGUCCACUGGUUGUACACAUCUGUGUGGGCCACCAGAGGAGCCUGGAAGGGUGCGGGCAUGUCGAGUCUUGGCACCCUGGCAGGCUGCGGGCAUGUCGAGUCUUGGCACCCUGGCAGGCUGCGGGCAUGUCGAGUCUUGGCACCCUGGCAGGCUGCAGGCAUGUCGAGUCUUGGGCACCCUGGCAGGGUGCGGGCAUGUCGAGUCUUGGCACCCUGGCAGGGUGCGGGCAUGUUGAGUCUUGGCACCCUGGCAGGGUCGGGCAUGUCGAGUCUUGGGCGUGCUGGCAGACUUCAGCAGGCAUCCUAGCUCACACGGAAGAAAACCUUCUGUAAACGUUCCAAAACCACAUCAUCAGCUGACGGGCUGUUUGAUCUGAACUAGACUUUACAGUUCAACCAGCCCCUCACCCUCGUGUGUGAACCAGGAGGAGGAGGAGGAGGAGGAAGGCCUCCAGAGCUCGACACAAAACACGUUACUGUCAGGUGUUCCGGAACCUUUCCCCAAGCUAACUGUGAUCGUGUCCAUACUGCUUCUUAAACCAUUGUUUCGUAUUGUUUUAAUCCUCUGCACUUUACUGCCGCAAGUAUCAGAUGCGGCGAAAAGGGGGAGAGUGACAAAGCAUUGUGGGAAGGGUGUAAGUGUUGUGGAGGGCUAAGGGAGGUCUGUUUGUGAAGCACGGGGGGAGGCAGGAGGAGAAACUCUCCUGGAGGGAGGACAGCGAGGAAGAGGCCAUCUUACCUGGUCAAAGAGCAGAUAGUUCAGCGAGGCAGAGGCCAUCUUGCCUGGUCAAAGAGCAGAUAGUUCAGCGAGGCAGAGGCCAUCUUACCUGGUCAAAGAGCAGAUAGUUCAGCGAGGCAGAGGCCAUCUUACCUGGUCAAAGAGCAGAUAGUUCAGCGAGGCAGAGGCCAUCUUGCCUGGUCAAACAGCAGAUAGUUGUACAGAAUUUGCAGAUCAGUUGAAUGGUCAGUAUCUGCUGUAAGGCAGUUUGGCUGACCUGAUGAUCAGUGGACACAAGCAAACCCUUAAUGUAGGUGAUGUUUCCUCGCAGACUCGUCCCUGUCAAUCUCCCACUGGCCCCUCCCUGCUUCACAUAGCCCCUCCCUCUGUAGCCCUCAUUUUAUGGGGUUUGUUUUUCUGUCAAAUUUAUAUUGGGUUUUCAUUUAUCAGCAUAUGGUUCUUCUGUUCCUUUAUUUUCAUUGUUAUAUAGAAUGCACUUUCUACUAAAAUCAUUACUAGUUAAGACAAUAAUGAGGUCUAUUCUUCAAAGAUGUUUAAAAAAAAAAUCAAUCUACUUUUUAUGUAUUUUUAACCACUUAAUGUAGCCUUGUGUAUUUUAUUCUUGUGAGUAUCUGGUACACAUUGUGCAGCUUUAUGAUGUUUUUGGAGUUGGAGAGGAAAUGCUGGGCCUUUUUUGAUAAUGUACAUUUAACAGACUUUCUGCUAACUUUCAAAGUAAAAAGAAGUAGCCAUAAUUAUCUCUCA